AUGCUUACAACUCUAUCAACUCUACACCGGAAGGAUGAUAUAACUGCAACAUACCAUGUAGAAGAUGAAGUGAAUGUUGAUGAUUUCAUCAAGGAGGUUACCCACAUGGUGUACUUUAAUGAGGCUGAAUGUGAGGUGAAGUGUUCAUGUGCCUUGUUUGAGAUGAGAGGGAUAUUGUGUAGACAUGUAUUAGGCAUUAUGAGAGUUAACAAAAUUCGUUCGGUGCCAGAAAAGUACAUACUAGAUCGAUGGCAAAAAGACAUAAAAAGAACUUACACUCUUAUACGAAGUAGUUAUGACAUAAUUGAUGAGAGGCCUAAAGUUAGCAGAUAUUCACGUAUCAUCAAGAAAUGCAACAAAGUAGCCACAAAUGCAUCUUCAUGUGAUGAGCACACUGAGGAUAUGCUAGCUAAGUUAGAUGCAAUGAACUUAGACUACUGCACCAACAAGCCGCCAUCAAAAGUUGUAGUUACAACUGCCGAUACAAUAACAACUACCAAUUCUAAGAAAGUACUGAGUCCCCAUGUAGUGAGAGGAAAAGGCAGACCGCCAUCUCUCAGGAAAAAAUUAAUGAUUGAGGGAGUGAAACCCAGGAUAAAGAAGCGGCAUGGAAUAGAAGGUGAAGUUGUUGGAACGUGUAGGAAUUUAUUUGGCCAAACAUAUGUUGGGACACAACAAAGCGUCACAUUUCAGCCGCCUCAAAACACUACUGAAGUGUUGGACUUUGAUGCCACCGAGUUCAGUUUUGCGGUGAAUGAGACUCAAGAAAGUAUGCAACUUGGAUUGGAUGGAACCCAGUCAGAUAGCUUGCUUGGGACACAACCGUGGCAAUAG